AUGGAGGUUUCACUACAAGAACUUGCAAAAAAGUCUCGGAAGUCUUGUGUUAUCUGCCUGCUCACAGCAAGCAGUGAAUGAACCUCAGUGCUCACACAGGCCUGGACACAGGAAACAGUACCAUUUUUAACCAGUCAGAGAUACUCAAUGAGGACUCCUCCCAAGCACAUGUGAAAACCCAAAAGCCGCUCAGAGGGGUCAAAGGUCAGGAGGCGUGUUCCAUGCCAUGUGACGUCACCGCCAAGCUGCUGCGAGAUGAGAAACAUUCACUUUGUGUCCAUUUACAGCAGUCUCUGCUAACAUUUGGGCGCAGUACCCGAAAGCUGAUCAGAGACGUGAUGGAGGAGCAGCAGCGAGCGCUGGACUUCCUCAGCAGUCAGGUCACAGAGCUGAUGACCCGAGUGCAGACGCUCAGCUCCGAGGUUCAGAGGAGCAACACCGAAAUGUACUCCAUCAAACCUGUCCAAUCGCACGGACGAGACUGCAGCGACAUCAAGGACAAUCUCAUCUCAGUGGUUCCCAAGAUCCCCAGUGGCAUUUACAUCGUCCACCCAGAGAACAUCGACUCCUCCUUUGAGGUGUUCUGUGAGAUGGACUACAUGGGCGGCGGAUGGACGGUGAUACAGAGGAGGACAGACGGAUUAACUGACUUCAAACGACCCUGGGCAGAUUAUUCAGAUGGCUUUGGCCACCUUCCAGGAGAACACUGGCUGGGCCUAAGAAAGGUGUUUCACAUACUCAACCAGAAGGACACUCGGUUCCAGCUUCACAUCGCUCUGGUCUCCCAUGACGACAUCACCUCUUACGCCUCAUAUGAUGAUUUCCGGCUGGACAAUGAAACACACUUCUUCAGUAUCCACCUGGGCAGAUAUGCAGGCAGUGCAGGAGAUGCGUUCCGCGGCUACGACCAGGAGCAGAACCAGGACACAGCUCCCUUCAGUGCAUCAGAUGUUGACAACGACGGCUGCAAUCCGUUCUGCUCCAUCAACAACCGCACGGUGGAGAGCUGCAGCUCCCAGCACAACCAGACAGGAUGGUGGUUCAACCAGUGCGGCCUGGCAAACCUCAACGGCUCACCACAGGACCCGGAGCAGAACCGAGGCCGCAGCACUCACAUCCUCUGGGACACCUGGAGGCAGAACGGAGUCCCUCACAGCAUCAAAUCUGUCACGAUGAAGAUCAGGAGGAUUACGACCAAUAACUGACCAGAGAAAGACGGUGAAAGAAGAGGAGCGUUAAAAGAUAAAACGGGAGCACAAAAUCUGAAUUGCAUAAGUUGCACUGCAUCAU